AUGACUAUAUCCGAAACUCCAGAAACUGUGGUAAUCACCGGUGGAACCGGUUACGUUGGACAGCAUAUUAUUGCUCAAUUGUUGAAACUGGGCUAUAAAGUUGUUGCUAUUGUCCGUUCACCAGCCAGAGGGUUUGAGUUGAUCAAACAAUUUAAUCAUCCAAAUUUGCAAACCGAAGCAGUUGACCAAUUGGAUAAACCAAACUCUAUUGAUUUUGUCUUGCGUGCUCAUAAGGAAGCUACGAUAUUCAUUGCUGGUGCCGCUGUGACUGAUUUCACUGCCAAGGAUGUAGAGAAGGAGAUUUUACAAAAGAGCAAUGCCAUUGUCAAGAAUACGUUGGAAUCGAUUCACCGUCAUGGUGAGCAAAUCAAGCGGGUCAUUUUGACGUCUUCUUCGGGCUCGACUAUUGGGCCAGAGAAGAUGUUUAGUUAUGAUGCUGAAUAUAAUGAUGAUGGAUGGAGUCCAUUACCGUAUGAGGCGGGAUUGGCUAAUGCACAAAUGGCAUAUUUCGUGUCCAAGAAAUUCAAUGAGGAAUUGGCUUGGAAGUAUGUCAAGGAAAACAAGACCCAAUUUGAUUUGGUUUCAAUCAAUCCUGCAUUGUGUCUUGGGCCGGCUCAAUUUGCAGAUGACGUGAGUUUGGUAAAUGAUGGUGGGAGGCUACCAUCUACCACAAGUUUCAUCGCCAAUUUGCUCAAGUUGCACAAGAAUGACAAAGUUGAGCCAUUAGCUGCUGGUGCUGUUGAUGUGAGAGAUGUGGCAAAGGCGCAUGUGAGUGUCAUUAACAAUGCAAAAGCCAGUGGACAAAGGCUCGUUGUUGAAGGUUACAAGUUCACCAAUGCUAAUGCCGUGAAUAUCUUGAAGGAAAAUUUUGCGUCAUUGAGAGACAAAUUGCCUGAUGUCGAGCCUAUACCUGCGUCAAAGUUUGUUGAGCCUGAUUUGAGAAGGAGUAAAGCGAUUUUGGGUAUCGAAACGUAUUACACUUUGAAUGAAUCUGUUGUUGAUUUAGCUAAACAGUUGUUGACAGAGUAA